CCACUACUGUCAGGAGUAUGUGACAGCCUGGGAUGGAACACGGCGGGGGGGUGGGUCAGAGGGCAUGGCUGCGGUACCUCCCGGGUGCUCGGCGGGUCCCUGUUAAACCAACGAGCGCCCCUCUCUCCGCCAGCCUCCCUAGACCCUCACUGACCCGAGAGGUUGGGUCGCGGGUCGGCAGAGACCAGGGGAGAGGCAACCGGCAGCGCGGCCGCUCCGGGUCGCCAGGGUCGGCUCCGCUCGCCGGCGCCGGGACGCGCCGAGACGCGCCACAAGCAGAACGCCGCCCCAUAGUGCCCCGCGGCGCGCACGCGCAGGCAACCAUUCCCAGCUUGAAGCCCAGCGCGGCGGCCGAGCCGGCCGGGGGCCGCCUCUGGCAGCCCCGGGCCGGACGCCCCUGUCCCCAGCAGCCGGGGCACGAUGGCGCUGAAGCGGAUCCAGAAGUGUUCCACUGGCAGGCCACCAUCAUGGGCCCGAAUGACAGUCCUUACCAAGGAGGAGUUUUCUUCCUGACCAUCCACUUUCCUACCGAUUAUCCUUUCAAGCCCCCAAAGGCAGUGGGCUCUGGUAGAUGUUUACCAGCAUGGUCCCUCCACACUUGGGCCCAGAUGCCUUCAAGACACAGCUGCCCUCAGAGUGUGAAGGACACUGACCAUUUGGAGCCCUGCUUUCGUGCCCUGGAUCUGCUAUCCAAGCGCACCAGGAGAGCAUCAAGAAGUAAAGAAGAUCUGAGUCUAUCCACGUGCAAGAACAGUAUACAGCUUUGUGUGAAUGACAGAGCAAUUUGCUAAGGAGAAGAGAGAAGAGUCCUAGGAAUGACCUGUGGAGACAUCUCACAUUCUCAAACCAAGGAACAACCAACAAGAGGGAGAUGGCCAAAAGGAAAUAGGAACUCAGGAAAAGCAGGAGUGGGAGGGAGAGGGACGUGGACAGGAUCUACACACAGCAGCCAGA